UUUCCUCGUGAGAAACCACCUCUCUCAUGGGCGUCCAAGUGGUCGUGAAGCGCUCGAAUGGAGACAAGUUGACGGUGGAGGCAGACCUCGAUGGAAGUGUCCUUGCGUUCAAAGUAGAACUGGAGAAGCUCACCGACGUGCCUGCGUCCCAGCAACGUCUCAUCUACAAAGGCAAGGUUCUAAAGGACGAGCUCACGUUGGCAAGCUACGAGGUCGAAGCCGGGCAAACUCUAUACUUUGUUAAGGGUGCUGCGAGUAAACCUCCCGUGGCGACGGCGCCCGCGCCUCCAGUCACCCCUACUCCGCCACCUGCUCCGUCUCCGUUUAGUUUUCCGCCGGUAUCCACAGGCGCUGCUGCCGCGUCGCCGUUCGGUGCUAUGAAUCCGUUUGGUGCACCUGGAACAGGAGGAUGGGGAAUGCCGCCUCCCAACGUUCAAAGCAUGAUGCAAAAUCCUGAAAUGAUGCAGCAAAUGAUGGAGUCGCCGUUGGUCCAGAGCAUGCUGAGCAACCCCGAGAUCAUGCGCGGGAUGAUGCAAGCGAAUCCAGCGAUGCGAACACUGCUCGAGCAACAUCCCGAGCUGAACCACGUGAUGAACGACCCCGAGUUGCUGCGCCGGAGCAUGGAGGCCAUGCGUAACCCUGCCGCGAUGCGCGAAAUGAUGCGCAACCAGGACACGGCACUGCGAAACAUCGAGUCCCAUCCCGAAGGGUUCAACGCCCUGCGCCGCAUGUACACGGAGGUCCAGGAGCCACUUCUUAAUGCGACGUCCUCGAAUGCCGGCAUCGGUGCUUCCAAUCCCGCCUUCGUCAUGCCCGGCGCAGUGGGUGGCACUUCAACGACGACUCCACCGACGACGACCACGGCCCCUCCUGCGACCGCUCCUGCGAACCCGUGGGGAGCUGUAGCAAGUCCAAACAACCCGUGGGCCCAGCCUACUCCUGCAGCCGGCACACCCAACCCAUUUGGCAGUGCGACUCCCUUUGGCGCAUUUGACCCGAACAUGCUCAACAACCCGAUGGUCCAAACCAUGAUGCAGCAGAUGAGCCAAAACCCUGCGUUGCUAAGAAGCAUGAUGGAGAUGAACCCGCAGUUCCAGCAGCUCGACCCUGCCACGAGAGAAAUGAUGCUUAACCCAGACGUGCUUCGCACCAUGAUGAACCCGGCCAACCUCCAAGCGAUGAUGCAAAUGCAGCAAGCGAUGGGCCAGCUCCAAUCGGCGGGCGUGCUUCCCUCUGGUGCAGUAAAUCCAGGGUUUGGUGGGUUUGGAGCGUUCCCUCCGGCGGCUGCCAUGCCGGUCGCCAACCCCGAAGAACUGUACGCAUCGCAGCUGUCCCAACUCGUCGACAUGGGGUUCUCGAAUCGAGAGCAAAACCUUCGUGCGCUGCAGGCCACGUUUGGCAACGUCAACGCCGCUGUCGAUCGAAUCUUGAGUGGGCUAUCGUAGAGUUCCGUCGUAAUACAGCACUCGUUGUGCACCACAACGCACGCGCUGGUGGCGCAGCCGUCGUCAA